AUUACUUUCAGAAACUUUCUAUCACAGAGAGAACUGCAGAAAGCACAAGCACUGAGUUCGAAAAUGAGUGUGCAUCAAUCAACUGGACUGGACAAUUCCACUGAGACCUACACUAUCUCUUCUCAAAGACCCACAAAUAGCUGUGAGCUCCAGGAUGGCAUCCUGUCUGUGGUUCUUCCAGUCGGUUAUUCAGUGAUCUGCAUCCUUGGCCUGCUCAGCAACUCCGUGGCACUGUGGGUGUUCACCUUGAACUACAACAGCACAAAGACCUCUAUCAUAGUGUACAUGAGGAAUCUGGCCAUAGCAGACUUCCUACUAGUCCUCUGCCUACCCCUCCGGAUAUACUACCAGAACCACCCGGGGCCCUUCCUCUUGUGCCAGAUAGUGGGAGCUUUCUUCUACAUUAACAUGUAUGCCAGCAUCCUGUUCCUGGGCUUGAUCAGUCUGGACAGGUUUCUGAAGAUCACCAAACCCGUGCAGAUUUAUCGGAUCCACAAGGUGAGCUGCAGCAUCACGGCCACUCGGGCCGUAUGGCUUUUUCUCAUUUUAGGAAUGUUGCCUUUUUUCUUUGAGAAGAGGAAACCUGGCUCUUGUGAUGGGAAGUGCUUCCACUUUAAAAGCAAGAGCGUGGUGAGUGGCACCCUCAACCUUCUAGUGGUGGGCAUGUUCUUCCUGCUCUCAGUGCUCUUUCUCAGCUUCUACAGCAAGAUAGCAAUGAAACUCAAAUCCAUGUCCAUUGGAAAGGCCCAGCAGAGCCGGAAAAGAGCUGUCAUCAUGAAAACCUUUGUGAUCCUCGCCAUCUUCAUCCUGUGCUUCCUGCCAUACCACAUUGUGCGCAUUCCCUACGUGCUUUCCCAGUUGGAUAUAAUCCAGGAACAGAGCGCCAAACAGACCCUGCACAUUGCCAAUGAAUUGGUGCUCUGUCUUUCAGCCCUCAACAGCUGCUUGGACCCUGUCAUCUACUUCUUCCUCUUCAACAAGUUCAGGAAAACCAUAAUGCGUGCCUUCAAAGGAAAGCUGAAGAAGGUUUACACCCUGAACCAGAGGGGCACAAGCUUUGUGAGGUCAGUCACUGAAAUCUAGGCUGAAGAACUGUAUUGGGAAAAGCUGUAAGGGGAACCCAGAAGAUUGCAAUGACUUGAACCACAUUGAUCAGAAACGGAGGGGAAACCACUCUUUCCCUACUCAACUCCUGACUGGAGAGAACAGGUUCCAGAACACCUACCACUGUAUGAGUUGUCUAAAAGCAUUAUUUUUUAGGCUCAAAUGUACAGGUACAGAGUACCAAACUGGCUGUUGUCUGUGUAUUUUAAAUUGAAUAUGCUCAGGUACUCUUACAAUGAUUUUCUUUCUUGUAAUGAGAUUAUUCAUGCGCUGUGUCGGCGUACACCUCACAGAUCUUCUGGUUUCAAUCAUUUGUAAAGCCCUUAUCUCAGCUGUCAAAGGGAUGACUCUAAGCCGGUGAGCUUUGUGAACUAUUUUGGUCACUGACUCUAAGUCAGGGAUUUCCAUUAACAGUGACAUUUAGAAUGAACUCUGCUAUAGGCUGCUUGUGGCAGCAAAUAAAUGUAGGUUUUUAAACCAGUUUCAGUAACAACUGUCUUAUAUUGUAUCUGUAA